ACUUUUCUACCCCCGAAUAUGCCUUCAGCUGAAGCUAAUCCCGAAAUCAUUGAAAAUUACUUACAAGAUGAAAUUGCAGCUGGACAAAUGGGAGAAGGAUUGAGUGUUGAAAAAGCUCACGUGUUCUUUGGAGGUCAUUUCUGUACAGCGCCAAUGGGUGUUGUGUUUGACCAGCAAAAGCCACGGAUCAUCCAUAAUCUAUCUGCUCAGGAUCCUGAAGGUUCUUCUACGAAUUCCUGGCUCGAUGCAAAAGACUGGCCGACAUGUUGGUAUACGGCA